GUAUAGCUACAAAUAUAAAAUUGUUUUAUUUUUUGCUUGUUUCUUAGGACUUUUAUUUAUAAAUGUUUUUAGUCUAAAGUUAGAACCUUUGUAUUCUUAUGUGUGUGUGUGUGUGUGUGUGAUGGUUGUGUGAAUUCUCAAAGAAACCAAAGUCCUCUCUUCACACCUUCAAUCUCAAACCCAUGGAAACAUCAACAACAACAACAGCAACAAGAUUCUAGGGUUUGACAACACAAGUUCAUCAAGAUAGAAAGAGAGAGGCUAAAAUGGAAGAAGUUGAACAAGCAAGCAGAACAGCUGUUGAAAGCUGUCAUAGAGUUCUAAGUAUGUUGUCUCAACCAAGGGAUCAAGUUCAUCAUAGGAAUUUAACUGUUGAAACUGGUGAAGCUGUGAAUAGGUUCAAGAAAGUUGUGUCUUUGCUUCAUGGUUUGGAUCAUUCAAGAGUUAGGAAGCUUAAAAAUCUUCAAAAUGUUCCUUAUCCUCAAACUGCUUUCUUAGACAACCCAAAUUGCAAAAGAAACAUCAUCAACCAUCACACCAAAAAUGUUCACUUUACUCAAACUACCUAUCCUCAAAAUUCAGUUCAGGAACUUGGUUCAACCCUAAGAAAUCCACUUUCUCUUGGAAACCCUUCUUUGGAAUUGAGUUCGAACGGGAAAAGUCCGCUUCACCUUGCUCAACAAGCUGCAUCAACUCACUAUCAAUUCUAUCAGCCGCAGCAACAGCAUCAUCACCAGCAGCAGCUGCAGCAACAAAGGUUGUUGAUGCAGCAGCAGCAACAGCAGCAACAAAUGAAGCAUCAAGCUGAAAUGAUGUUCCGAAGGAACACCAGCGGCAUAAGCCUUAAUUUUGACAAGGCUACUAGCAGCACACCAACAAUGUCGUCUACUAGGUCUUUCAUUUCCUCCUUGAGCAUAGACGGAAGCGUAGCAAACGUUGAUGGAAGUUCCUUCCAUUUGAUAGGAGCUCCGAUCUCUUCAGAUCAGAAUUCACAGCACAAGAGGAAAUGUUCUGCUAGAGGUGAUGAGGGAAGCUUGAAAUGUAGUAGCAGUUCUAAAUGUCAUUGCUCAAAGAAAAGGAAGCAUAGAGUGAAGAGAUCAAUUAAGGUGCCUGCUAUCAGCAACAAGCUUGCGGAUAUCCCUCCUGAUGAUUACUCGUGGAGGAAGUACGGGCAGAAGCCUAUCAAGGGCUCUCCUCACCCUAGGGGCUAUUAUAAAUGCAGCAGCAUGAGAGGCUGCCCUGCUAGGAAGCAUGUUGAGAGGUGCUUGGAUGAGCCUACUAUGCUAAUGGUUACCUAUGAAGGCGAGCAUAAUCACGCCAAGGUACCAACACAACCUGCAAAUGCAUGAACUACAUGGAGAGUCACAUUCAAUUUGUGAAGACCUCUAUGUGAUUGGCUUGAGAUGUUUCUGUACAUAUUUCAAGUGAUGCGAGCAGGACUGCAGAUUUUGCCUUUUGGGUAGCUUGGUUGGGGAGUCGUUUAUUUAGAGGGAGUGAUGAAGAUCACUGGUUAAGUGCAGGAGUAUGUAAAAUUGGAUAGUUUCAAUUCGUAAGAACAAUUUUAUUUUUCUUAAGUAUGUCAUUAAACAUUUCAGGGUUCUCUAAAUUAAUGGAAAUUGUCUUUGGAAAA